CGGCGGCUUCAGUCGCUAGACCCGAGCCUCACGCGCCGGCUGCUCGCCUCUUUGCCGAACUUACGCCGGAGACGGAUCGAGAUAAAAGGAAUUCCUGUGUGAUGUUAGUAAACAAAAAGUGGAUAAAUAAAAAGUUAGGCGUGUACCCUCAGUCGUCAGUCUUCCCCUGAACUUUAACUGGCAACCAUGUCCCUUCCGGGAGUUUUUCUUUUUUCACAUUACAUGGAAAGCUUUUGGAUGCACGCUUCGUCUUCGCCUCCUCUGGUCGACUGGUCGGGAGUCCCUACCCUGGUGCUGCUAGUGGCUGCUGUUCUGGUGGCUGUCACCGCCUUGGUGGCUCGCGCAGCAGACGCCAAGCACGCCGCCAGGCUCCCUGGUCCACCAGCUCUACCGUUCCUUGGAACGCGUUGGCUGUUCUGGAGCCGUUACAAGAUGAAUAAACUCCACGAAGCUUAUGAAGACAUGUUCAGGCGUUACGGGCCGGUGUUCGCGGAGACGACGCCAGGGGGCGCCAUGGUGGUGUCCAUAGCGGAGCGCGCGGCCCUGGACGCGGUGCUACGGACCCCGGCCAAGAGGCCCUAUCGACCCCCCACGGAGAUCGUGCAGGUGUACCGGAGGAGCCGGCCUGAUAGAUACGCGUCCACUGGGCUUGUUAACGAGCAGGGCGAGAAAUGGUACCACCUCCGUAGGCAUCUAACAGCGGAGUUGACCAGUCCCCACACCAUGCAGAACUUUUUGCCAGAGCUGAACAGCAUCUGUGAUGACUUCCUUGAUCUGUUGCACUCCUGCCGAGCUGGAGAUGGUACAGUCUUCGGCUUCGAUCAGCUCACCAAUAGGAUGGGGUUGGAAUCCGUGUGUGGUCUGAUGCUGGGAGCCCGUCUCGGGUUUCUCGAGCGUUGCAUGUCGGGGCGCGCCGCGACUCUGGCUGCGGCGGUCAAGGCGCACUUCCGAGCCCAGAGGGACUCGUAUUACGGCGCGCCACUCUGGAAGUUUGCCCCCACGACCUUGUACAGAACCUUUGCGAGGAGCGAGGAGACCAUCCAUACGAUAGUAUCGGAUCUAAUGGAGGAGGCCAAGUCGCGGUGCAAGGGCGCCGCGCAGGAUGACGGCAUGCAAGAGAUCUUCCUGAAGAUCCUGGAGAACCCUGCUCUGGACAUGCGGGACAAGAAAGCGGCCGUCAUCGACUUCAUCACAGCCGGCAUUGAGACGUUAGCAAACAGCCUAGUGUUCCUGUUAUACCUGCUAAGCGGCCGACCUGACUGGCAAGAGACGAUACGUUCAGAAGUGCCUUGCAGCGGCGAGCUCAGGGCUGAGGAGAUGGCUGCAGCACCAUCCAUAAGGGCGGCCAUCAACGAAGCCUUCAGGCUGCUACCCACCGCGCCCUUCUUGGCUAGACUUCUGGAAGCACCCAUGACUGUGGCUGGACAUAAGCUACCUGCUGGGACGUUUGUGCUGGCUCACACUGGUGCCGCUUGCCGUCGUGAAGAGAACUUUUGGCGUGCGCAGGAGUACAUUCCAGAGAGAUGGCUGGUUGGCAAGGAGCCCCACGCGGCAUCGCUGGUCGCGCCCUUCGGACGAGGGCGGCGGAUGUGCCCGGGCAAGCGAUUUGUCGAGUUGGAGCUACAUUUACUGCUCGCAAAGAUAAUGCAGCGGUGGAGAGUGGAAUUUGACGGGGAUUUGGACGUCCAGUUUGACUUUCUGUUAUCCCCCAAGUCACCGGUGUCAUUGCGACUCGUCGAGUGGUAGUUACCCACUCUAUUCCUACCUCUACAGGUCAUAACCAUACGAUUAAGUGAAGAAAUCGCUAGCUUUCAAGACAGACGUGCUUACUUAAAUUGUACACGUUUCGAGCGACUUCCAUUUAUGUUAGCGUAAUCGAUAUGCUCAUAAGUCAUAACGUAAUGCUCAUUGUAUUUGAAUAGUUUUAAUGUUAACUUUAAUUACUAUAUUUAGCUAUCCGCUUGGAUUGAGCACGUUAAGUACCAGCUUAUAG